AUGGCAUCCACCGAAAUGUCAGAGAGGGUCCCGGAAGCCCCACGACCAAAGCUAAAGGUUGUGGAAUCGAGAACGGAGUAUGAGAGUGACACCGACGAUGAGAUGUCUUUUGAGAUGCUCUUGGAGAGUAUCGAAACGAAAAAAGCAAAACGUCGACAGCUUGUCCCCCAAGUGCCCUUGGAUUCAACAGCGUACUCGUACCCGUACUCUGUUGAUCGACACACUCCUUCACUUGUCGAUGGCUCAGACGGCAACUCCAACCUUCAAAACAUGACGGUCAACACCGGUCACCAUGCCACAGCGGCCAAGACCCGACAAAUUCCCAUACACCUGGACCCGUAUAUGGCUGCCUCACAGGAUGAUGAGGACGGUUGGACGACCAUUACAUCGGACGAAGUCGCAGAAGCACUGGCUGACAACACCCAUGCUAAUCCAACGCCGCCGCCCACCCGAAACCCGGCUGCCGGUGUGCAAAGUACGACCACCCGUGAAGUUGUAGGGACAUCAGUUAUACGCCGGAUGAUCAGGCACAUCAACAAUGGAAUAUCGGUGGAAGAAGUCGCGAGGAGAUAUCGUGUCCGUGGUCGACCCUCGAACCUCGUCGAGGACAUUGCGCGGUUUGCAGCCCAGAGAGAUGCCGAUGCUCCAAACGCUGGUGUUUGA